AUAGCUAAUAACGUUAAAGUUUGAUAAUUGUAAUUUAAAUAACUUUUACAUUAUACCUUAUCGAUGUUUGAAAUUAAAUUUUCUAAAGUGACAAAUAGUGUUGAGUGAAUUAACGUAUAUUUUAAAUAUGUAUUACGAGAAACAGAAUAAAACGUGUGUUAAUUAUUUUGGUAUUUCUUAAAUUCUUAAGAUUUUAUGAAAUUACUUCAAAUAUUUAUGUGAAUUUAAAUUGUGUGUUCAGUACCACAGUGAAAUCGGAACGAGGAUAAAGUCAGAUGGAUACAACAGAACUAAAACAAUUAAACGACAAUGGCCUAAAUGACACGGCUAGUAAAAAAUUAAUUCUGAGGAAACAAAAUGAUGAAAUGGAGGAUAGUUCAGAUACAGAAGUUGAAGAAAAAGUAUGGUUGGAAUCGGAGAAAGAAGAAUUUGAGCAGGACCGCGGUGUAUGGUCAAACAAAAUAGAGUUUCUGUUGGCAAUAACGGGUUACACAGUAGGUAUAGGAAGCGUAUGGAGAUUUCCCAUUGUUUGCAGUCGGAACGGAGGAGGUGCCUUUUUAAUUCCAUUCUUUUUUUGCCUCAUCACCUCCGGUGGACCUUUGUACUAUUUAGAAGUUUGCCUUGGACAGUUUACAGGACAAAGUGCUGCGCAAGCUUUUGAGUUUUGUUCAUUGUUCAAAGGUUUAGGCAUUCUACAAGUCAUGUUGUCAUUUACGGUGUUAUGGUACGCGAUCUGUGUUUUGGCCUGGGUUCUAUACUUCUUGUACAGUUCUUUUCUACCCACACUUCCUUGGACAACAUGUAAUAACCCAUGGAACACUGUUAACUGCACAGUAAUAUGGGAUACAGUUUCCAAUAGAUUUACAAGCACAAAUACAGUCACAACAAACAGUUCAUCCGUAAAUGAAACUAUUUUAACACAAUCAAAAUUAUACAAUUUGACAAACAACAUGUUGAUAGAUCCAUCUCCAGUUCCUCAAACUAAUAUAACAUCAUCAUUCAUGACAUCCAGUUCUUCAGCCUACGAAUUUUGGGAGUAUAAGGUAAUUGGACGAUCUCGUGGCUUGGAGGACAUGGGAAGUUUACAGUUGCAUCUUGUGAUCUGCCUUUUCAUUGCUUGGUUUCUUUGUGUAGCUGCCGUCAUCAAAGGUGUUAAAUCUCUUGGCAAGGUCGUUUAUGUAACAGCUACGGCACCGUACGUUCUUUUGACAAUUAUUUUUGUAAAGGCUCUAACUCUUGACGGAGCAAUUGAUGGUCUUAAAGCAUUCGUAGUACCAGACUUUUCAAAACUUCUCACAACACAGGUUCUCUACGAUAUGUGUAAUUUUUGCUGGGUUCACCGCUUUUUACAAUGGCAUGGUUGUGUUUGCUUUACUAGGCUUUAUUGCAAAAUCGUCUGGCAUGACCGUCGCCAAAGUAGCAGAGCAAUCGGGACCCGGUCUGGUGUUUGUUGUGUUUCCAACAGCAAUUAGUAUGAUGCCUGUACCACAUCUAUGGGCAGUACUGCUUUUCCUAAUGCUGAUCACCGUAGUCUUUGACAGCAUUUUUGGAAUGAUAGAGACUGUUACCAGCUGUAUUAUAGACCAAUUUCCACGUCAGUUACUGAAAAGGCGCGUUCUUGUCAACAUUAUUACUGGAUUAUUUUUCUUUCUCACAGGACUUCCGCUCACAAUGAAU